UGUAUUCUCCUUUCUUAGCCUCUACAACUGGACUGUGACCACUGUGCCAUCAUCUCAAAUUCAGGUCAGAUGACAGAUCAGAAAGUAGGAUUUGAAAUUGACCGGUCCUCCUGUAUAUGGAGGAUGAACAAUGCUCCCACCAAGGGCUAUGAAAAUGACGUGGGGAAGAGGACAACAGUAAGAGUUGUCUCCCAUACCAGUGUCCCACUUCUGCUUAAGAAUCCUGAAUAUUUUUUCAAAGAAACCAACAGCACAGUCUAUGUCAUCUGGGGACCUUUUAGAAACAUGAGGAAAGAUGGCAAUGGCAUUGUGUACAACAUGCUGAAGAAGACUGUUGACAGCUACCCUGGAGCCAAUAUCUAUGUGACCACAGAAAAACGCAUGGGCUACUGUGAUGAAGUCUUUAGAAAGGAAACAGGGAAAGACAGAAUACAAUCAGGAUCCUAUCUCAGCACUGGCUGGUUUACGCUAAUUCUGGCUAUGGAUGCUUGCUACCAAAUACAUGUCUAUGGGAUGAUAAAUGACACCUACUGCAAGUCAGAAGGCUUUAGGAAGGUUCCUUAUCACUACUAUGAACCUGGAAGAGAUGAAUGUGAUGAGUAUUUCCUGCAUGAAAAUGCACCCUAUGGAGGCCACAGGUUUAUCACAGAAAAGAAAGUAUUUUCUGAGUGGGCUAAGCAGCAUGCAAUAUUAUUCACACACCCUAACUGGACAGUUUCUUGA